CCUGAAAAUCGUCUAUCAAAAUUUGAAGUCUAAUCAAACUGUCAACUACCAUCAAAAUCUUUCAAAAUUUGAAACAUGUUUAAGCAGUAAAUAACGUCUGUAAAAAUAUUCAAAAUUCUCAGUGAUAGCUCAUAUUACAUCUGUUGGAAAUUUUCGUAAAACUAUACAAUGGAUGCAGUUGUUGAUAGAGCGGCCGUUAUUCCACACCACAAGGAGAAGAAAGAAGUAGAGAAUAAAAGUUUAAAAGCGAGCUUAUGCUCUUGGGGUUCCCUGAACACGUUACUAGACGAAAAACGUGUAGCCGAGCCUGCCGCGAAAGAUUCCCUCGACGCUAUCUUCGAUCCCAACGAAAGGGAUGAAUCAGACUCUAUCGAAACUGUAGAUGACAUUACUGGUGCAUCUUUGUUAUCAGCGCCUUUGGGCUCAAAUAAUGCUGUCCUGCUCUUCCGAAGCUCUGCUUUAGCCGAGAGCAAUGAGUAUCUAAUUCGAGAAAAACCAGCUUUCAAACUACACAUUACUUAUAAGGUGCUCCAGGCCGAGACUAAGCUGUUGUCGAAGCUUUUAGAUUGUCAUGGUAUAUGCGAAGUAGCCCCAAACUCUAGUGAUUUCAACCUACUGUGGACUGGUUCUCAUCCAAAACCAGGUACAUUGAGAUCACUAGGGCCUCAUCAACGCGUCAACCACUUUCCUCGGUCUUACGAGCUGACAAGGAAAGACCGUUUAUACAAAAACAUAGAACGAAUGCAACAACUGAAAGGAUUCAAAAACUUCGAUUUCAUUCCGCAAACCUUUGUGAUGCCGAUCGAAUAUAGGGACCUGUGCACAGCGCACCAUAGAUCUAGAGGGCCAUGGAUAGUGAAGCCUGUUGCAAGUAGUAGAGGACGAGGAAUUUUCAUCGUUGAGACUCCUGCACAAGUGCCACUUGAAGAGCCAGUGGUCGUCGCUAAAUAUAUCUCGAACCCUCUGCUGGUUGCUGGGCACAAAUGCGAUCUCAGGCUCUAUGUGGUUGUUACAAGCUUCGAUCCAUUGCUGGUAUACAUCUACGAAGAAGGACUGGUGAGGUUCGCGACGGUAAGAUACGACGCUAGUCGCAAGCAGCUGUGGAACCCCUGCAUGCACCUUUGCAACUACAGUAUCAACAAGUACCACAGCGACUAUGUCAAAUCCGACGACCCGUCGGCUGAGAACGUAGGUCAUAAAUGGACCCUGAGCGCGCUUCUGAGGCAUUUGAAGAGUGAGGGUAAAGAUACAACGAUGUUGAUGUCUCAAAUUGAAGACCUAGUGAUCAAAGCAAUUUUGGCAUCGGCAAAUGCCAUCGUGGCGGCUUGCAGAAUGUUCGUGCCUCACAGCAGUGUCUGUUUUGAGCUCUACGGCUUUGACAUACUUAUAGACAGCACUUUGAAACCCUGGCUUCUGGAGGUCAAUCUAUCCCCGUCUCUCAACUGUGACAGUCCGUUGGAUGUUCGACUAAAGUCAGCUAUGCUUGCUGAUCUGCUUUCUCUUAUAGGUAUUCCCGCUGUGAAUCCGAUGAUGAAGCAAAUACCGAGCAGACCGAGUACGAACACCAGCGUCAGCUUGAAGAUGAAAUUCCCAAACUGCCGGCAAGUCCAUUCUGCCGAAAAUUUACAUAACAUGCACUCAUCAGUAGGCGGACCAAGGUUUUCUUCCACAAGUGGGGUGCAAUCAGCUGCUUCGUCGAUACCCCAAUUGAAUGGCGAGGAAGCUAGGAUCGUGAAAAUGGCUACCAGCCAAUUUAAGCGGCGCGGUGGCUUUAUUAGGAUAUUCCCUGCUGUGGAUAGUUGGUCGAGAUAUUCACAGUAUUUGGACACGCAGACAGGAAUUCCAACUUCCGGAGGCAGUAGCAGCAACUACAUCAACAAUAAUACGCGUAACUACAAUCUGUUGCUGUUUCGGUAUCUGUUUCCGGAAGACUAUUCGAGCGCGUGCGACAAGAAAUUCAAUAAAUCACCACUGCGACCAAUAUACCCACACAUGGAACAGCACAAACCAAACGUUGCCGUUCAGGUAGAAGGUAGACAGGACAGGUAUGAGAGAAUGCUCAGACAAGGACAUAGACAGUUCAUUAUACCUUGCAAGAUGUCCAACGAGUCUCAUACGGUCGAGAUGAAAAAGAAGAUUUUGGAGAUGUUGAAAUGUGGCAAGCGGAUAUCUCAAAGCGAGGCACGGAAAACCUUUAGUCAUUAUUUGAUGAGAAUCUUACGGCGAAUCGCCCAAAUGCCAGAGCAAGAAGACCACGUGGAUGUGGUACUAAAGUUCCUACAAAAAGCGUCAAACUACCUGCGAACCCCAUUCAACGUGAAGACCCCGAGCUCGAAAAUGAGCAUCAAAGACAAGACGGCGAUAGUAGCUAAGCAAUUGAACGACUUCUUAUAUCUGUACAACCGAGAAACGGACCUGUUCGUAGAUAAAACUGAAAAACCUAGUCAAAUCCCCGCAAAGCUGUACAAUGAGUUUGUCGAGCAUGCAAUAGAAAGUGACUUAGAGGAAGUACUGAUCUAUCAGACAAGCUUAACUACGCCGAUUCAGAGCACGGGUAUAAAGGGAAUGGUGAAAUGUAUCCCAAGAUCAGGCAAAAAUGCUUACGCCUCCAGUCGUUGGCCGUCUAAGCCGAAAGUAAAAGCGACUACGGCAAGAUAACUUCUAAGGUAUCGCAAAAAGGAAGAAGGGUUUUUAAGGCGCCCUAGAAGACGUAUACAGGUAGAAAGAAAUUCAAUUCACCUACUUGGACACUUGGACCCGCAGCAGCUGUUAAAUAAAAGUCAAAGGACAAAAUAUUGUCCAACUUCCUGUCUAGCUUCCAAUUUUUAACAACUAUUGGUAACUUGACCUAUUGAAAAAAUGGGGCUAGGAAGGCAAAAUUUCACGAGCACCUUGAACAGGCAGGAUGAUUGUCGACAUGUUACCGUUAUAUUGUGUAGUUUCGGAUUAUAUUUACGUCUAUAUGGAAAUUAUAUUAGUAUAGACCCAUUAUGGCACACUUGCUGUACCAAAAAACAUUUAAUGACAAACGUCUACGAUAAUUGAUUUGACUUACAGAAUUUGUGAACGCUACUGACCGAUCUCUAAUAGAACUAAUGCAAACAAGAUGAUAAUUGUCUUUUAUUUAGCAUAUUUUUUAAUUAGACAGCCUAAUGAUGGUAUCAUCAGUGAUGGACGUUUACGCGUAUAUUUUAACUGUUUGCGUAUCGACGUAUACAAGGUGUACAUUAUAG